AUGCUCUCUGCAAAAAGAGGCAUUACUGGAUGGGGUGGGAAACCGCGCCGUGUGAAUCCCGGGACGGCUCGAGAUCGCUGGCAGUUGAUGUUGCGCACGAUCAUAUCGAGGGCCACUUGCCUGCUUUUUUUGGCAGUCAGAGCGAUGACGUUGGAGAAGAAAGAGCCGGAAAAAGAAGCGUUGCUAAAAAGACAUCUGAGAAGGUAUCCACUGAGUAAUAAACUUUCACUUAUGAAUUUUUAG